AUGGCUGCACAACCUCAACAGACUGAGAUGACUUUGCUAAAAAUGGCCAGGAAACACUACAAUGCUGCAAAUUUUGCAUUGUUGCUAGAGAAGAUGGGUCUUCUGUCUAUGUUUGUUGACAAAUUCCUGCUAUGGAAAGUAUUCCCUGUUAGCUGCCUGAAAUGGAUCCUUCAAUUUGCUGUUCAUGAAUGCCCACCUGGUACCUCAUUAUUGGAACAUAAUCGCCCUGGGCUUUUGAAUACAGUCCAACGUCUGCUGGCAGUAUGGUCUAAGAAAGAAUUUGUGCAAACAGCACCUAUUGAGCAACAAGCUUACAUAUCUGCUGCACUAGGCCUUUCUCUGGAGUCAAUGUCUAAGGAGGAAUUGAAUGGGAUGAAGAAUGCUAUGAAUUUGAUUCUUCAAGGAUGGAAGGAUGUGUUAAAUCUGGAACAAUUUAGGUGUAAUAUGGGGGCUUCUGGAUUGAGAAUGCUUCCGCUUGAACUUGCUGUUUAUUCUGUGGGUCCUGCCUUGUGUCAAGUCAAAUGUAGGCUGGAGAGUCCUAAUCAUUUAGUUCGAAAAAUGGCUAGCUGUGUUGCUUUGGCAUUGUCUAAAAUUAUUGAUCCAAAGAACCUAUUAUACCUUGAUGACAGCUGCAGCGGGGAGACAAUUGAUUGGGAAUUUGGAUUCACUAUCCCCAGGAAAGGGAAUCUGGCUGCCUCAAAUUGUGGGGAAAAAGUUAUUCAGGAAACUAAACUAUCUACAGUGUCAGGUCCAGAGAGGGAUACUGAUUCCCCUUCCAAUAAAGGAAAAAGUAUUCAUGUAAAGGGCAAAAAAAAUUUAUUGGACUUUAAUGUGCUUGAUCCAGAUGAGAUUAUUGAUCUAGCAUCACUGAAUCUUGAAUCAGACGAUAAUGAGGAGGUUGUUGAUGAUAGUGCAAGUGAGAAUUCAUAUUCCUCAAGUGAUUCAUCUUUACAGCCGUAUGAUUUGGAAGAUGAUGACUCAGAUUUGAAAAGAAAAUUUUCACAGUUGGCUGAAGUAGUUGCAGCUCUUAGAAAAUCUGAUGAUGCUGAAGGGGUGGAAAGGGCUAUUGAUGUAGCUGAAAAGCUUAUAAGAGCUUCCCCAGACGAACUAAAACAUGCAGCAAGGGAUCUUACCAGAACUCUUGUUCAGGUUCGAUGCUCUGAUAUAGCUUUAGAAGGUGCAGAAGAAUCAACUGAAGAGAAAAGACAAAGAGCAUUACUUGCCUUGGCAGUCACCUGCCCAUUUGAAUCCCUUGAGACACUAAACAAGCUUUUGUAUUCACCCAAUUUAGAUAUCAGUCAGCGCAUUAUGAUACUAGAUGUUAUGACUGAAGCAGCUCAGGAGCUUACUGAAUCAAAAAUUCUGAAACCCAAGCAUCAGACUAGUUCCCUUAUUUCAAUUGUUUCAGAUAACCGGCCUUGGUUCCUUCCUAGCAGCACAGAGAUUCCUGGAGCUGGUUCCUGGAAAGAGAUUUCAAGUACUGGCUCUUUGUUGAAUUGGUCAAAUAGCUACGAGAGGGAACUUCCACCAAAACGUAAUCAGGUCAAGAAAGGGAAAACACGCCGGUGGAGUCUUCGAUCUCCUGGACCACAAAAUCAGAUGGAGUAUUCACAUAAUAAGUUUCCCUUGUAUGCUGCUGCUUUCAUGCUUCCUGCCAUGGAGGGAUAUGAUAAAAAAAGGCAUGGUGUUGACUUGCUUGGCAGGGAUUUUAUUGUCUUGGGGAAACUUAUUUACAUGCUUGGGGUUUGUAUGAAAUCUGUAGCCAUGCAUCCUGAAGCUUCUGUACUGGCUCCUUUGCUCCUGAAUAUGUUAAGAUCCAGAGAGGUCUGCCAUCACCAAGAAGCAUAUGUUAGAAGAGCCGUCCUUUUUGCAGCUUCAUGUGUAUUGGUUGCUCUUCAUCCUACUUACAUUUCAUCUGCCUUGCUUGAAGGAAAUGUUGAAAUUUCGAUUGGCCUUGAAUGGAUUCGCACAUGGGCCCUUGAUGUAGCUGAGUCAGACACAGAUAAAGAAUGCUAUACGUUAUGUUGUGGUGCUAAGAUGGCUAUGACAUGUCUGCAACUCCAUGCCGAGAUGGCCCUUCAAACUUCCCGAGCGUUGGAGUCAGCAAGAAGUUCACUCAAAGCAGGUCCUGCACUUCCUUCUAAUGCAUCCAAAGUGACCAUUAAAAUUCCCUACUUAAAUGGGGAUUAA